AUGAGCGCAGGGCUUCUUGGGGACUAUGCGAGCGACGAGGAAGAAGUUGUGGACGAGCUGAAGGAGGGUUACGAGGCCCGCCAGGCGAUCGCACAACAGUUUCUGGAUGCUUCUUCACUUCUCGACGACCUCGACGAAGCCGCCGAGGAGGCAGCCCCAGAAGCAGCGGCGCCAACAGCCUCCGGAGAGGAGUUGCCCACAAGCGGCGACGCGGAGGUCGAAGCCGAAGGUCUCGGAGUUCCAGAGCCCGAACCUCCCUCCCCGGCACCGACGGUCGUGCCGCCGCGGGUGCUGCCGACACUGCCCUCCGUCACCUCGGCUCCGCCGGUGAGUUUGGAGGAGUCCCCAGCUGACCUGGAGCCGGGAUGCAUCGUCCGGGCUUUCGGCUUGCAGAAAGCCCAGGCACUGAACGGUCGCAAGGGCGUCGUUCGCGGUGGGCCCACUGAUGAUGGCCGAUGGCAGGUGGAGUUCUGGAAUGACAGUGGCUCCUCUGUCGAUGUGAAUGCCAGCAUCAAGCGGGCGAACUUAGAGUGCUUAGAGGCCGCGCCAGCGCCAGAGGAGCCUGCAGCUGAUUUUUGGCCGGGAUGCAUCGUCCGAGCCUUCGGAUUGCAGAAAGCCCAGGCGCUCAAUGGCCGAAUGGGCAUCGUGCGGGGUGGCCCAACUGGUGAUGGCCGAUGGCAGGUGGAGUUCUGGAACGACAGUGGCUCCGCGGUCGAUGUGAACGCCAGCAUUAAGCGCGAGAACUUGGAGCUGCUCGAAGGCGGACCUGAUCAGGAGGAGCAGGACGUCAUGGACAAGGGCGAUGAGGAGGCCGCCGAGGCUUUGGCUCCGCCCGAAGAUGUCUUCGAGGGGCUGGAGGUCGGGCCGGAAAUCCCCGCCGAGCCAGAGCCGGCUCCUGGAAAGUUCGCCGCUCUCGAUUCGAAUGAGCUCCAGGCGGCGAUCCUGCAGGCCGAGCUGUGCUGCGAUGACGAGACUCUCCAAGGCUUGCAGGCAGAGCUUGCGCUCCGGCAAGCCAAAGGCACCGACGGUGGCCGAGAGUCCGUCAAGGGGGCGCAGUGGGUCCACGAGUCGGUAGACGUGCCGGUGGAGGUCGUGGGUGGGGUGAUCGGCGCAGGGGGCGCCACCAUCAAAGCGAUGGCCGCCGAGUCCGGUGCACGGAUGUGCUUCCAGCGUGACGAGGAUUCGCAAAACGGCGAUGCAGGUUUCCUGUCCCUCACCUUGUCGCGCCCCUGCCUCAUCAGCGGGCCCGCAGAAGCCGUGGCCAAGGCCAAGGAGCUGCUCCAGCAGACCAUCGCGGAGUGCGGCCAGAGCCAGGGACGGAAAGGCAAAGGGAAAGGCAAGGGCCAGCGCAAAGGGACGCCUGCGAACUUAGCUUCGGACGUCAUCUCGCAGGGGGCUGGCGCUCGAGCUGGGUUCCAGUGCGGCAUCUGCAAGUGGUAUGCUGCAGGCUUCUGCCGCAACCGUGCAGACGAGACGGGGGCCUGCAGAAACGGGCUCCACAGCACGGAGGCAGCGCUGAAAGCCGAGUCCGACUGGAUCGCCGCCGGCCCGGCCGCGGCCCAGGCCGCUGAGGCGAAGAGGCCGAUCCUGCUGGUGCUCGACUUAGAGGGCGGCGGCAACCAGGACGGCAGAGAUGGCGAAGACGAGAUCAUCGAAGUGCCGGUGCUCUCGAUGUGUCCCGCCACCGGGACGGAGCUCGGAAGAUUCCACCGCUUCGCCAGACCUGGCUUCUGGGUGCGCGAGGCUGCCUCCAUGCGGCAGCGCUUCCACGUCAACUGCUUCAACGAUGGCGCGAACUCCAUUCCCUUCCCGGAGGUGGUGGAGGCCAUGCAGCACUGGCUCCGAGAUCUUCUCGGGCUGGCGCCAGAAGAGGAGUUGAGGCAGGAUUCUUUCCUGUUCGUCACAUGCGGAAAUUGGGAUGUCAAGACGGCCAUUCCGAGGCAGUGCAACAAGCCUUUCCCAGGUGCUGUUGACUUCGGUUUGCAGCAGCUGCUUUUCUCCCGGUGGACGAACAUCAAAGAGGUUUUCAGAGACCACUUCAAUCUCUCCGAUGCCGAUGCCCCGACGGGAAUGCGCGGCAUGCUCAAGCGCUUGAGGAUGCCGCUGGCCGGACAGCAUCACUUAGGCAUGGACGAUGUGAGCAACAUCGCCAAGAUCCUGCAGCGGCUGAUCCGCGACGGAUGCAGCAUCAAAGCUACAGGCCAAGCCUCCUUGAAAGUGCCUGGGCCAAUGAAGGGUGGCUUCAAAGGCUUCGGAAAGGGCAAAGACAAGGGCAAAGACAAGGGCAAAGGCGGCAAAGGCAAGGACAAGAAGGGCAAGGGCUUCUUCAGCGAGAUGCCGCCACCGCAAGGCGCCAUGCCGAAAAGCUCGAGCGUCUUCAUGAAGGGCGAGAAAGGCCCAGGUGGAGAAAUGGGCAAAGGGGGCAAAGGGGCUCCGAGCAACGGCCACGUGGUGCCCAAGGCCGCAGCGGCCGCAGCUGGCACGGGCCAGGUGGUUCCACCUCGAAGCUCGGCGCCUUGGCAGUGGGGCACAGGUCUCGUUUCGUCAGCGGCGACUGCAGAGGCCGCAGCUGAAGAUGAGGAAAUGGAGCCCAAGAAGGAGCUGGAGGCCUUCCUCCAAAGCGCUCCACUCCCUGGGGAGACCUGGGAGGAAGAGGAGGCGGAGCCACCACAGGCUGGCGAGGAGGAAGCGCCGUUGCGCAAGCCUAACAAGCAGCUGGAGGCCUUCCUCAACGGCGCCCCGAUGCCCGACUCCGACGACGAGGAAGACAAAGAGCCUUUCAAGGCUCAAGAGUGCCAGGAAGAGGCCCAGGCGCCCACGCCGGAGCCCUUUGCCGCUUCGAAGCCGAGAGCAAGGCCUGGAGAAGACUGGCUGGAUAUGGACGAGGCAGAGUCGACAAGGUUUCCAGCGCCAAAGAGGCCUGCGCCAAAGAUGGAGGGCCACGCCGGGCCGGUGGCGUCCCUGAGCGAGAUCCUUGGCGAAGCCGAUGAGGCGGAGGACGAAGGCGUCCUCCUGGAACCAGCUGCGAAAGCUCCGAGGAUUGCAAGCCUCCUUGCGUCACUGCCAGCACCAAAAGCGACAUGA